AUGGCCAAGGAAAUUGCCAACAAGCAACUCAGCUCUAAAUCCAUCGAGCACGUUGUGGGUUAUCCCAUUAUCAAGGAUGUUACCGAUUACGCCUUGUCUUACAGCUUGGUAAGCUAUGUUUAUCAACAAGCUUAUCUUAUAACGGGAUUCUUUUUUGCCAAUUUCGUGGCUCCUUUCCCCGUGGUUAAAAACAAUUUGAACUGGGUCGACUCUCAAGUUGACCUGGUGGUAUUGACCAGAGUGGAUCAAGUUGUUGAUAAGGCUAACAACUUCCAUCCUGUCUCCACCGUUGAGAAGAAAUAUUUGGCUCCUGUCAACUCCUACAUCUACAAUACCGUAGACAAGUACUUGCCUGGAUCGGCUACCGAGAACAAGGCCACAUUCAAGUUGGAUGACUUGAAGGAGUCGUCAGAGGUUUCCAAGUUCUUCAGGAUUCUCAACGAAACAUACUCGCGUUCCAAACAAUUGGCCACCGCCAAGUCGUCCGAAGUAACCAACUCCGUUACCGAUAGCUACAAUAAGGAAGUUGCCGCUUUGGAAAAUGUUUCUGGAGGUUUGCAAAAGAAGGCAGUUGCCUCAUACAACACUUUGAUCAAGUUUGUGUCCGACAUCAACAACAGUUUCAUUCGUCCAUUGAAAGAUCAAACCCAAGACUACGUUGUCGAUGUUGCAACCACCACCCAGAAUAAGGCUGAUUUUUUCAUUGCCGAAGCCAAGAACGGAAUCAAGCCAAAGGUGAACGAAGCUGCCGCCAAGGGCCAGGAGCUCUUGAACGGCGCUGCUGAAUCGAGCAAGAGCGCUCCAGUGGUCACUGCUUCUGCCUAA